UACUCUGAAACGUUCUCGGCUUCUCGGUUUGGCUUAAUUGAUAACAAUCAAGAUUAGGAACUUUUUAUUUAUUGGACGAACUAAGCGCGGCAAAUCCAGUCUUUGGAAAUGGCAUGGCGGUUGCGAACUGCCUUUUAAAUUGGGAGUAGCAAGUACAACACUACUUAGCUUAACUUUUACAUUUUGUAUAGUAUUUAAAAAACCGGAGUGCCCUUGCGGAAUUUUAAAAUGAAGUUCGACGGAGACGAUCAGGAUGACCGUUUAAGCCUGAAGAAUAGGACUAGGAACCGUCCGCAUAUAAACUAUGAGGUUCCGGAUCCAGAGGACCGUCGGGAGAAGCCAUGGCAGCGGGUUAAUAAUACUCCAUUCAUUAAUACGGUCCCCUGUUAUUUCUCCAUCCUCGUGCUGGGUUUCUAUCUCCUGUUGGCGUACUCGACACAGCUGGUGGAGGAUGACAUGCCGCGGCCUGUGAUGGAUGCUGAUCUCAAUAAAGACAACAGAAUAGGCUUCAGCGAAGAAUUGGCUCUGCAGAACCUGUAUACAAUCAUGGGGGACAAGCCUCGAGUGGCCGGCACGGAGUACCACCUGCAGCAGACCGUGGCCGUGCGAGACCUGCUGCUCAACGUCACCAGGAGCGCCACGCUCCCGGUCUCGAUAAUCUGGCAGACUGCUAGUGGUGCCUUUGUAUUAGACCACGAGAUACCUUACCUGGGGUGGUACUACAACGCGUCCAACAUCGUCGCUUUAUUGGAAGGGGAGAGCGGGGUGCAAGCGAACGGCGAACUCGGGUCGACCCUGCUGCUCAACUGCCACUACGACUCUGUGCCUUUUGCGUUAGGGGCAUCUGACAACGUAGCUUUCUGCGCGAUAUUGGCAGAGAUUCUGCACCGCCUGUCCCAGAGGACGACCAAGUUCAAACACAACCUCAUAUUCCUGUUCAACGGCGCCGAGGAGAAUGGUCUCCAGGGCGCGCACGCGUUUCUGCAACACCCUUGGGCCCGAAACAUCACAGCCGUUGUCAACCUCGAUGCGGCCGGCAUGAACGGGAAAGCCAAUGUCUUCCAAACAUUGGAUCCACGAAUCGUUCACGCCUACGCCAAAUCCACGAACCGUCCUUCAGCGCAAUCUUUCGGUGAAUUCCUCUUCGGUUCCGGACUUGUGCCUUCUGACACCGACUUCAGGAUAUGGCGGGACUACGGCCACUUCUACGGCAUCGACAUCGCGUUCACCAAAUGGGGCAACGUAUACCACACACGAAACGAUAACCCCGACAAUCUGCAGCGCGGCGUGCUGCAAGCGGCCGGAGACAUGCUGCUCAACCUCGUCACCAACAUGGCCGACAUGCCUGAACUUGUCGAUAAGGAGGAGCCAGUUACGAUGGUGUACUACGACUACCUGAACAGCUUCAUGAUCGCGUACCCGCUGUGGGCGGCGUACUUAAUCGACGCGCUGUUCGCCGUCAUAGCGCUCAUGAGUGUGGGAUACUACGUGUAUGUCGUCGGCGUACGACAGUCGACGUUCCGUGGCCUAGGAUGGGCGGUGCUGGGCCGCCUGGCGUGCACACUGGCCGCGUUCGGUAUUGGACUCAUAUUCGUGCUUCUUAUGAACGCUACCACCACGCAACUCAGAUAUCUUUCUAAUCAGUGGAUAACCGUCCCGAUCUACUGGAUACCCUAUGUUUUGGUGGCCAUGAUCACAUCUCAACUCUAUGAUGCUUGGAGUAGCAAAAAGUCAGGACUGAAUCGGUCGUUCCGCGCCCUCCAGGCGUCAGCCGCGACGCGUCUAAUCCUCGCCGUGUUGAUCCUAAUCAUGACGUGCGUCCCGGCGCUCACGACCAUGCGCUACGUGAUCUCGGUGCCGCUGUUCCUCAUGUCUGUGUUCUCCGUGGUGCCUCUCGCGCUGGCGCGACAUCUGCGAGUACCCGCAUGGCAACAGCUGUUCGUGGAAAUGCUAGUCUCCGUUCCUGUGCUGAUGUUCUUGUUCACACUAUGUCUCCGUAUCAACGCGUUGAUGUUGCCCGUGAUGGGCCGCAGCGCCAGCAACUCCCCUGACUUCCUCGUGGGGCUGCUCAACCUUGGUCUAGCUGCCCUCGUCACCAGCGCUGUGUCGGGCAUCGAGCUCCUGUUCUCCCGGAAGCGCCUGUGGCUUCCGUUGGGCCUGGUAGGCCUAGCGUCCAUCAUCAUCAUGUUCCUGCCUUUAGCUCCUUACGAUGCAUCGGGCACAGGUCUACAGCGGCACUAUUGGUUUCACACAGAAAUAAUUAAUCACACGGUAACGCCCUCGACCAGCGUGUCUGGUGUGGUCGUGACGAAGAUCGACCCCUACACCAUCAGCAGGACGAAGAGAGCGCUGGAAGACUCUGGUCUCAACUACACAGUGAAAGCUGAUUUAACGGAGGACUGCGAACAAUACAUCUUCUGCAACCUACCGAUGUACAGGACCAGGCUGCCCAGUUCCUAUGCGGAUGCCCUGUUCAUCGAAAUGCCUCCUCCCACGGCCUUCACCACGAGGCCCAGCUUACGGCUCGAGAGCAGAGUGUGCUCGGGGACCAACUGCACGCUGCACUUCGCUUUUGACGGUCCGGCGCACAACACGUUGACGCUAUGGUCGCACUCAGGUCCCAUCGUGGCGUGGUCGUUCGACGCGACCACCGACCCGUCGUUCGUACAAAAUGGCCGCCCCGCCUACAACAUCGUGCAGGCCUCCGCUACCUACAGCGAUCCCUACGACACGCAGUACUUCUGGAUUACUCUAGAAGUGCCAGUGGAGCAGCAAUCUCAGCCACUGCUCGACAUAGCGCAGCACGCUCACAUGAAGCAGCAUCCUGAACUCUUCACGCGCGAGUACCAGCAGCUACUCGACGCCGUGCCAGACUACUUCAACAUCGACAGCUCGAUCUCCAUACGGAAUAACUACGCUUUCUAGUUUACCGAGCGUUUCUUACUUUUAAUUCAAACGAGUCAGUAAACGUGUAGAAAUAUCUACGAGUGUCAGUACUGACCGUAAUGCCAAGCAUUUUAACAAUGGGAGCUAGCCCUCAAUUAAAGACAAUAUGGCCUUUAAACAUUAUAAAGAAUAAGUAUCGUUUCUCUUUUGUUGCAAAACGAAUACUAGCAGAAUUCCAAAGAUUUAUUGAUUGUGUUCGUGCAUUUAUAGCUACUAGCUAUUAUAAAUGCAACCAUCGCUCGUACUCUAAGCAAGUCAACUAGCUGUAUACUAUAUUGCUAUUGAACCGUUUGCAGAUAUAAACUGAAAUAGAUACUAAAGAAAAAGCGAUCAAGCCCACUGGUGGCGAAGCCGGGUCUCCAGCUAACGCGGCUGACGUGUUCCACCGCUACACCACCCCGCGGCGGUCGGUCGGGUUACUACUUAAAAAAAACAAAUCAAAAAAUAUUUAAUAAAAUAAUUUGAUUUGUUCCCUACAUCGUUUGCAGAUACCUACAUGUAAUUAUUCUUAUUGAUUCGGUUGUGAUAUAUUAAUCAAUAAUGAAAUUAUGACCUUUAGGCCCACUUGCACCAAUCACUUAAGAGGGCUUUCGUGUGAAAAACAGUGAAAUCGCAACCGAGCGCUUGAUCAUACCGUGUGUGGUAUCAAAAACCUGUGGGAUCCCGCGACCCGAAAACUCGUUUAGUCGUUGUCUCCCGCCGGCGCAUAUCUGUGCCGCGAAAAUUUGCACCCUUGUUUCCCGGCAACUGCGCGAUUGCGGAAUUCCGUAUUUCCCAAGGUUUUUUGACCCUUUACGAGUGUACGACUUAUGUGUUGUUUUUCGCUUGUAAGACAGAAGUGUUUAUAAAUAGUUAAGAGUAAUGUAUAUCAUUAUAAAGAGGAAGAAUUGAACUUUCAGUUGAUGUGCGUAAAAUAAUUCAAUAGCGCCCAAAUUAUUCUAAAUACCUUAUGAAUUCCAGAGAAAGAAGGAAAAUGAGACCUAGGUGACUAAAUGUACUAAAAUAAAAGAGUUUUAUAAUCUAAAUGCAUUUGUAUGCUAUUAAUCCGCCGGCCAAUAAUAUAUUCUAACAUCAAGUAUAAAAAACACAUAACAAUACCUUUGAAAACAUCUUUAUAUUUUUACUUCAAAAUUGCGCGAUCCGCAACGGCCAUGAUCCCGGUAACAGAGAGCGAUUGUUCACUACUUUGUAAUCACUUUGUAACAAAUGAAACAUUGUUGGAUCCGCUCUGUUUUUAUUAUUUUGCAUGGAUAAUAUAAUUAAGAACUUAAAAUAAGGUAAGUAAAUAACAAUGGAAAUAAUAAAAACCAUAUUUUUGAUGGAAAAUAUAAUCACUUUGUAACGGACAACGUACUUUAGACCCAACUUUGAUUUGCGGUUUUUACACAGAAAACGCACUAUAAUAACAAAUUAUUGUAUUUAGUAUUAAUCUAUAAAGAAUAAAUAUAUAAAAAACAACUAUUAAUUACUGUUUGCUAAGCAAAAUCCCAGUAAUAUUCACUAAGUCAACACGGUAACGCGGAAGUUGCUCUACGCACGGAGGUCCAACUUUAACUGGUCAUGGCUUGUUUUGUUUCUAUGGGAGUGAGUGGAUGUUUGGAACCAUUCUUUCCGGAGCUUUAUUAGGAAUCGAAUGAAACUUAUUCCAAUGGAAUUUGAGUCGUAUAAUUUUAGAAAUAAAGUUUUAAAUAGAAUGAGAUAUUCGGGCUCAAAUUUGUGGCGUGGGAAACAUAGGUGUACGAAUUCGCGGACACAUAUGUGCGCCACUGGGAGUUGACGGAAACUAGGAUUUUCAAGGACGCGGGAAACCUGGUAAAAUUAUUUACGGCUCAUAUCUGUGCCAUCGGGAUCCCACAGGUUAAGGGCUUUGCGAGUAGUUUACAAAUAUAUAUCACAUUAUAGGACUUUUUCUACUUGGUCUAACAAAAUAUGAGAAAAUGUCCAAAACUGGUAAUAAUCGUACCGGUGAAGGC